AUGCAGGCUCGUCAAGUCCUCAUAAGGCCUAUCGGACGAUCCAGACCUCACCUGCCAGCUGCACGGGCACGAUUUUUCGACCGUGCUCUAUCAAGUUCCAGGCCGAGACUGAAGGAGAACAAUGGUCCCAAUACAGAUACAAAUCCGUUUCCCCCCAAGCCUAGUAAAUGGCGGCAAUUCACUCAUAUUUUGGGCCGCACGACGUUUAUUGCAAUCAUUUCGGGCACCGCCGCAUUCCUCUAUGUCACACAAAGAGAGCGUCACCCUGGCACACAACUUCCUUCAGACCCUUCAAAGAAAACCAUCGUAGUUCUCGGCAGCGGGUGGGGGGCCACCAGUCUGCUCAAGACUAUAGAUACCACCGAAUACAACUUGGUUAUCAUCAGUCCCAAGAAUUACUUCCUUUUUACGCCAUUACUUCCUAGUGUCGCAGUCGGGACACUGAGUCCAAGAUCAAUCCUCCAGCCUACUCGCUACCUCGCCCGUCACAAGUCGCGUCAAGUUAGUGUUAUUGAGGCGGAAGCCAAAUCAGUCGAUCCUUUUACCAAGACCGUCACCUUCGAAGAUGACUCAGAAAUUAAAGGAAACACUUCUCAAACUACCAUUCCCUACGACUACCUUGUUUAUGCUGUCGGUGCAGAGGUUCAGACAUUUGGUAUUCCAGGCGUUCAAGACAAGGCUUGUUUCAUGAAGGAGCUGGCUGACGCGGAAGAGCUGCAGAGAAGAUUUAAAGACUGCAUCGAGACGGCCGCGUUCCCGGGGCAGCAAGAGUCCGAAAUUGACCGUCUUCUCCAUGUAGUUGUUGUUGGUGGAGGGCCAACAGGUAUCGAAGUCAGUGGUGAAAUACACGACUUUCUCGAGGAUGAUUUGAAAUCAUGGUACCCUGAACUCGCCGGUCGUGUCCGUAUAUCGCUUGUCGAGGCUUUGCCUUCUGUUCUUCCAAUGUUCAGCAAGCAACUUAUCGAAUAUACGGAGUCCACAUUCAAAGAGAGCAAGAUUGAUGUUCUCACGAAGACCAUGGUCAAAGAGGUCAAAGAUAACUCCGUCGUGCUUCAAAUGCCAGACAAGACCAUAAAAGAGUUUCCCUGUGGGAUGGUGGUUUGGGCUGGCGGCAAUAAAGGUCGAAAGAUUACCCAAGAUCUCAUGGCUCAAUUUCCUUCAGUCCAAACCAACCGUCGCGGCAUCACUGUCGAUCAUCAUCUGCGAAUGGUCGGGGCUGAGAGUAUCUUUGCUAUCGGCGACUGCACAUCAACUUCGUACGCCCCCACUGCUCAGGUGGCCUCUCAACAGGGGGCCUACCUUGGCCGUGUUUUUGCCCAACUUGCCAAGAAAGAUAACUUUGAAAAGAAGCUUAUUGAAUUGCAGCAAGCUGUCCCCGUUGCCAGUGAAUCUGAGCAAGCAAAUAUUGCAUCGGAAGUUGAAUCUGUGCAGAAUCAACUCGCGAAGGUGAAGUUGCGACCGUUCCACUACUCUCAUCAAGGCAGCCUCGCAUACAUUGGCUCGGACAAAGCCAUCGCAGACUUACCGUUCGCCAAUGGCAAUAUUGCGACAGGGGGUGUCAUGACAUUCCUUUUCUGGCGUAGUGCAUACAUCAGCACACUCUUUUCCCUACGUAACCGCGUGCUUGUCGCGAACGACUGGCUGAUCACCAAAAUCUUCGGACGUGACCUCAGCCGGGACUGA